AUGUUCGCUUGGUCUGAUAGUGAGAAUGUGAAGAUUAUAAAGGAAGCCAUUAAUACAGAGUCUUCUAGAUGCAUAGAUGCGUAUCAGGCGUUACUUCGACACUACGCAACUGGAAAGUUAUCUAUCGACAAAUUAUUGGAUACAUCCAUGAAGGAAAUGGGCGAAUCGGUUAAGAAAUGUAUGAAUUUUGCAAAUGUUCUUCUAAUGCUCCAUGAUUUUUUUGGAACGCCUUUUUCUGGUGUCCUAAAUAACGAGAAAUUCCAAAAACGUCUUGAAGAGAUUUUAAUAUUUAUGAUUGCGAUAAAUAAUUUGGCCUCUCGUAAAUUGGCCUGGCUAGUGAAGUCUGCUGCCGAUUUAAAUAGGCUCCUAAUGAAUGCUCAUAAUGAACACCAAGGGGAUUUUACAAUUGAUCUUAUUCAACAGAAAAUUUUCUUCAUGAAUGAUAUAGGGGAAGCUCAAAUAACAAAAAUUCGUGUUGACGAGCAUAUUGCAUCACUACAGAGGGACCAUAAGUUUAUACAGAGUGUUAUAGAUUCUUUUAUUCCCCUUGAAUAUAAAGAAAAUCCUUUGGAAAAACUUUUAAAAUUCGCAACAGAUACUAGGGAUCAAGUCGAUGCUCUUCUGGUUGCAUUGGAAUCGGAUCGUGAACCGUCAGGCGUUAGUUUAUUCAAAAUUUUAAUUGGUUUUAUUAAUAGGCUUUUUUACCCAAUUAUCCUUUAUAGACGCGAAAAGAAGACCCUGAAAGCAACCAAGAACAGUCAGUAA